AAACGUCAAUGCAGAAAUGGGAAAUGAACCAGUUACACACGUAACCUCAGGACUCACAAAUGGGACAAAAUACAACUUCACCCUCUUCACCGUGUCUGAAAAAGUCAGAAGCAGUGGAGUGAGCAUUUCUGCAUUCACUGCUCCUUCUAAUGCAGAGGACUUUAAAUCAGUGGGACAAAAUGAGACCAGCAUCACCCUGCAGUGGAAAAAAGUGGAAAACAUCCGCACAUAUGUACUUGUGUCCAGUGACGGACUGGACACAAACGUCACUGCAGAAAUGGGAAAUAAACCAGUUACACAUGUAACCUCAGGACUCACAAAUGGGACAAAAUACAACUUCACUCUAUUCACCGUGUCAGAAAAACUCAGAAGCAGUGGAGUGAGCAUCUCUGCAUUCACUGCUCCUCCUAAUGCAGAGGACUUUAAAUCAGUGGGACAAAAUGAGACCAGUGUCACCCUGCAGUGGAAAAAAGUGGAAAACAUCCUCACAUAUGUACUUUUGUCCAGUGAUGGAGAAAUAACCGUCAUGACUUCAAUGGGAAACGAACCAGUUACACACGUAACCUCAGGACUCACAAGUGGGAAAAGAUACAACUUCACUCUCUUCACCGUGUCUGAAAAUGUCAGAAGCAGUGGAGUAAGCAUCUCUGCAUUCACUGAAACAGUUUUCAAAAUCGAAAUGUCAAUGAGAUUAGACAUGGAUUACACAUUAGAAUUAAGUAAUACAUCAAGUACAAAGUACAAAGAUUUGAAGUCACAGAUCGAUAAAGUGAUAGAUAAGCAGUAUAAAGGAAUCCAAGGAUAUAGAGGAGGUUUUGUGACAGAAUUCAGCAAAGGAAGCAUUAUUACAAAAUAUGUUGUACAGACAACACAAGUGGACUUUGAUAAAAUUUUGGAUGAAAAUCAAAACUUCCUUAUAGCAAUAAGUAGAAGCAUUGCUCCUGUCAUUGGCGCAAUUUCUGUAUUUUACCAAAGUUCAACUUCGAUCAUCGUUCCAGAGCUCACUUACACUGGUGCCAGCCUGUCCCUGAAGUGUGAGCCUCCAGAAAGCGUUAUAGUGGGACUAAUUUCCAGUUCCAGAUGGACAUUUAAUGGACGUGAAAUUAAAGACGGUGGAAGGUUUAAAAUUACUACUUCCAACUCUAUGUCUAUGCUUGAAGUUAACAACGUCAUUCCUGCUGAUAGUGGAACUUACAGUUGUGCUCUGAGCAAAAACGACCUGGAAUUCCAGCAAAAAGGAAUUGUAACAGAAAGCGAAAUCGAAGAAGCUCCUGUUGUGCGUCUCAAGAGUGAAUUUCAUGUAAGAUGCAGAACUGGAAAGAUGCAACCCCUCAAGUGUUGUGUGCAGCGUCCCUUCACAAUCAAGUGGUUUCGAGACAAAGACCAGUUGCCCUCAGUUUCUGUUACCGGUGAAGACGCCAACUGCAUUAAGCAUGAUUACGAACUUGAAAGCUGCAGCGUAGAUCAAGUCAUUUUUACAUGCAGGGUGGAUAACCCAUCAAGUUAUGAAAUGACAUCGACCAUGACGAUCUUCAAAGAGAAUUCCAAAUGCAAUGACACUCAGUAUGGGGACGGUCGAGUAGGAGACCAAACAAGCAUUGAGUGCGAUAUAGGUCAAGUAGGGAAAAGGCUGGCGGAAUGUCAGGAAACGGGCGAGUGGAAACUUGUCGAAGACACCUGCUUUGUAAUAGAAAUCCAUCAAUUACUGAUUCAGUCACAGACUUUGGAUGAGGAGGGAGUGCCAGAAUUUGUAGGGAAUCUAAGUAAAGCUGUCCAGAAAGAAAGACAGGACACUGAAAAUUCAACUGCAACUAUAUCAGCUAUCGUUGACAUCCUAAACACUGUUGCAAGUGUUUCAACUGCUGUCGAUGAAACCAGCAUGCAGAAUAUCCUAGAGACUGUUGAUGUCAUCAUAGGUGAAGAAUCAAGAGAGUCUUGGGUAAUUUUGAAUGCAAACGACACCCGCAAUUUCAGCUCCAAAUUGUUGGGUUCAUUGGAGAGUCUCUCCAGUUAUUUGGACGGCGAGUUUUCCGUAAGGACGCCACGGAUCCUGCUAAACAGAACGACGUUUGAUGACUCCUUCAUGGCAGACCUGAACUCCAGCAUCGUCCUAAACAUUACGAAAAACAGCAUGAGCAAUGUUUAUAUUACCACCAUCCUCCUCUCAACCCUUUAUAUUGUUAUGCCAACACGAAACUCCACCUUUGACGUCGGCCCCUUCAAUACCACCAGUAAUGAAACUGCCAGUGAUAAUGCCAUCAAUGCAGCCGUGUUGCUUGUCAAAAUAAAUGCCACAGUUCAGAAUGUCAUCCUGAGCUACGACAAGCUGAACAGCUCCUUGACAAUGAACCCGCAGUGCGUCUUCUGGAACUUCACACUCUUUGACAAUAUUGGUGCUUGGGAUGAUGAGGGAUGUAAGUUUGUGUCCGACAUAAACAACAUAGUAACCUGCAGCUGUAACCACCUCACCUCCUUCUCAAUUCUGAUGGCAACGGACAUCCCCCCAUCUAUAAGAGAAGCCUUGGAUAUAAUCACUUAUGUUGGAGUUGGAAUAUCAAUGGCAAGCUUGGUAAUAUGUCUAGUUAUUGAAGGGUACGUUUGGAAAGCCAUUACCAGGAAUAGCACUGCCUUCAUGCGUCACGUUUCCAUCGUAAAUACCGCCCUGUCUCUGUUGGUCGCUGAUAUCUGUUUCAUCAUUGGUGCCUCUAUAGCAAACGAUCCCCUUGAAAACCCAGGGGGGGACUACGAACUUCCUCUUGGACCAUGUAGCGCGGCAACAUUUUUUAUGCACUUUUUCUACCUUGCUCUAUUCUUUUGGAUGCUCGUGUCAGGCCUUUUGCUCUUUUACAGGACGGUGAUGGUCUUCUCGUACAUGUCCAAGUCAAUCAUGUUGGCCAUUGGUUUCUGUUUAGGAUACGGCUGUCCUCUGAUUAUAGCUGUUAUUACUGUUGCUGUCACAGCACCGGGAAUUGGAUACAUCAGGAAAUCUGAGGCUUGUUGGCUGAACUGGUUUGAGACAAAAGCUCUCCUGGCCAUGGUGAUACCGGCCUUGACCAUAGUCUUCAUCAAUAUUUUAAUUGUAAUUGUGGUCUUAUACAAAAUGCUGAAAAGAGGUGUGGGAGACGCUGCACAAUCAGAUGAAAAACACACGCUGGUGGUCAUAACGAGAUGUCUGGUCAUUUUGACUCCUUUAUUUGGAUUGACCUGGGGUUUGGGUGUGGGAACCAUGGUAUCAUCAAGAAAUGAAGCAAUCCAUAUUGCCUUUGCAUUCUUCAAUUCACUACAGGGUUUCUUCAUUUUAUUGUUUGGGGUACUACUCGAUUCAAAGACUCGUUCUCUCCUCGGAAGGAAAUCACCUCGAACAAGCACUGGCUCUAAUUCUUCGAGGAGCACAGGUGCUGGCAUUUCCUCCUUGAGUGGAAAUAAUUUCAUAGGCAGACUACUUGGAAGAAGAUAUGUCUACCACGUUUCACGAGCUACAAACACAAACAGCAGUGAUGCAACGGAGUCAUUUAGUAAUAUAUGAAUCAAUGCAGCAAGCUGUAUAGGUAACAUUUGUUUGGUCAUUCAAAAUAUCUGUAAGAUAUUAUGAAUUUCAUGUAAAGUCAGAAACAAAAGUUAUGAAAUCAGGAAGAAAAUAGUGAGGUUUUAAAAGAUAAAAAAAUGUUUGAAGGAAUGUUCAGUGUGAUAUAUAUAUAUCUAUAUAUAUAUAGAUAUAUAUAUAUAUAUAUAUGAACUCCCUUUAUAUUUAUAUAUAUAUAUAUUAUUAACAAUCGAAUAGCAACUGAAUUAAAGAUCCAGCGUGAGAUCCAUCAAACUGAACCCUAGCUUUCGUGACCAAUGUCUACACAGUUCAAUAAGUACCCUGAUGUACAUAAGCAGUGCAUAACUGUGUCUAUUUUUGCUGUUAACUAUGUGUUUAAUGUUUUUAUAGAAUUUAUAAUGUACAGUAGAUUUUGUUACUUUAUUUUCAAAAAAGAAAAAAGAGACAAUAGCGUAUUGCAGUGUAUUUUUUUUUCAUAAGUUACCACAUGAACUAUUGGGUUUACUGAAUUGUUUGUCGAUCAUAAUUGUAAAACAUCCAGGGCUGGGCCAUUGUUCCAUAGUUAAGAUAAGAACAUAUUUACAUCCCAAAAUAUAAAUGAUAACUCCCCUUCUGCAGUCUGGACAGUUAACACUACACAAUAAACAAAUACUGUUAAUCUUAAAUAUUUCAAAUACAACAUGUUGGCACUUGUACUCUAGUAUUUCCACUUUAUCCUACUUCAUACUCUGAUACAUUUUAGAGAGAAUUAUUACAUUUUAUACUGCAUUACAUUUAUUUGACAGCUUUAGUUCCUUUUAAAGAUGAAGAGGACAAACAAUAGAUAAUACAACAAGCACUUAAAGUAAAUAGAUCAAGAAUCACCCAGUGGUUUUGGUCUUUUGCUUCUGAAAAAUAAAUUUAGUUUUUUUAAAUGUCAGAGUUGUUAAAGGCUUUUUCCAUCUGAAGUUCACAAAUACUCUAUUGACCCAUCUCACCACAAAUCAAAGAAAGAAACAAGCUCUCAAUAUUUACAAACCUGUUUAUAAUGUGUUUUAAUGCAGCUUCACUUGCUGAUUUCAGUAUUACUGAUCUAAUGGUUUCAUAAAGCUUAAUAAAAUGAUGUAAUUGGUCAAA